AAGCCGGAGGUGUCCCACUGCAGGGUGGUCUUGGGAGAGGAGGCGCCAGGAUGUCGCUUGAGCAAUGCGGUCCGUCUCAUGGGUCACCGUGACCUCAUAUUUUGUUUGCCAGCGCUUAAGGAGCGUCCGCCGCCGACCGAGCUCCACACACUGGUUUUUGUCACCCGUCCAUGGACAGUGUCUGCAGCUGAUGCAUCUUCGGAGUUGACAUUCCACCAGGAUCCAUUUGAGACUCCCCUCGCUGAUAAUCUUAGAUUCUCAACAGGAUUUAAGAUGUCUUCGUUGGUCAAACUUCAUAGAAGACGAAAAAGAAAACCUUCAGUAGCUAUAAGCAGUAACCCACAUAAACCUUUUACACCGACUUCUUAUUCUCCCCAAGAGGGCCAUUUAAAGGAGAGCGAAGAUAGGCUAAGCAGCCCUGAGGAAUUGCAGCAGAAGGCGGCUGAUUAUUCAAAAGAGACUGAGGAUGCCCCCGCCCAAUGCCAGGACUGUCACUUCGAUGAUGCCAGGGACGCUCGGGAAGAGAGGCUUUUCCAGUACUUUUAUCAAGUGAUUCAGAAAGAGCGUGAUCAAGAGAGGCCUUCAGAUUGCAUUAUCGUUUUUAUCAACAAAGAACAGAGGGAAUAUGCAACAGACAUAGGUCAUCAGUUACAGGAUCAUGGCCUGGUGGUGGAAAUGAUAUUCCUUGCCUCUGAAUCAGACGUCACUCGAGCACUCCAGGAAGUUAAGGAUGAUGGGUCCCCGUUUUGUAUUCUUGUUGAACAGUCUAACGUAGAACUUUGCUCUUGUACCGUAAUUUUGCUUCAUAAGUCUACCAAAGUCCUUCGUCAUAUUCCCCUGGAGAAUGCCCUGGCGCUGGUGGCGCAAGAACAUAGGAGAUUAUUUGCUAAACGGGAGCAGCGGGAACGUCCUGGCAUUUCUCUGCGGGCUGGAGAUCUGGUGGAUGACUUCCUGGCCCGAGACAGCCUCACCAGCUACUCCGUCCCUUCGUGCAUCCGGCAUCUUCUCUUCCUGUUGGAUGAGGGCAAGCAUCUGUACAAGAAUGAGCUGGACCUGCUCAUCGACUACCUCCACACCAGGAAAGGACAACUGGAAGGUGGUGAGACACCAAAUCCUUCGGCCAGCAGUGAUCCUCCCUCAUUUCAAGGCAGUAACACCCCCAUCGUGGGCACUCGACCUCCGCUCCUUCCAACCCCGGGAAAGAACUGCUUCCUAGGCCCUCCUCCCGCAGUUUCAGCUAAGACCCCCUUGCUAGGGGACAGGCCAGUCGGGCUCCUUCCACGUCCAGGUGGUCUUCUUCCACUGCCAGGACUGGUCUACCCCAAUGGUCUGUUUCCCCCUCCUCUUCCCCCGGCAGCCCCCUCCGCCCCCUCCAAGAGGCCUGCUCCUUUGCGAAGACCUCCUUCCAAGCCUGCCAAGCGUUCAUUACUUGGAGAGAAACCAGGCCUUCUACCACCACCGCCAGGUAACUCCUUAGAGUGAAUGAACCCGAAGGUCUUCUCCGGCAUCGUGUGAAGUCUUGCAUCUGGCCAUGAGCUCUGGCUUGCUCUGUUGACCUUCAGUGUUCUGUCCUGCAAAAUGCGUGACGUGCAGCCAGGGGGCAGCCCUACUCAGGGGCCACAUCCCAGGCUGCCAAGUCCUCGUUGUCGGAGGUGGGGGUGGUGGGGAGGUGGGAGAGGGUGGGAGCGGGGUCUUGAGGAGCCCCUGCCUCCAUCCUGCGGGCUGACCUCAGGGGCUGGUAUGGGCUAAACAUCAGGAGUUCUUCUGUCUUAGAACCCCCGCACCCCCCCCCCCCCGCCGCCCCCGAGGGCGCUGGAUCCCUCCUUGCACAGAAAUACACGUAAACUUUCUAGAGACCUUCAGAGUUGUUGGAUGAAUCACUGGCAUCUGCAGGGAAAAGACUUUUUCUUUUCUUAUCGUGAUCUAAAUUAUUUAGUAGAACAAGAUUAGAACCGUAACUUGUGUGCAGGUUUAGAUGACAGUUUGUAUAUUUUUCAAAAGCAUAGAUUUUUCUGAUCUUGGCUUAUGUCCUCUUUGAAAAAUUAGUGGUUUUAAAAAGAUAAUAGAUACAUCGGUAUAAAAUUUGAAGGAAACGUUAAACAAUAAAAGUAGUUCUCCCUCUUG